AUGUCGUUAGCAGAGAGCGGCACCAGCAAAGAUACAACGUUGUGGACUCGUGGUUGGGUACGGAACGAGCUACCGAACUACUCAGUUCCUGGAAGGCCUAACGUUUCCUGCUCUUCUAUAGAUAACGAAAAGACAAAAGAGAACGUCCAUCAUAAUCCCAACUCAAUCCUUCUGACUGCCAGCUUGACCCUCAGGACUGCACGGAGUACCAAGCUGCUGGGUCUGGACAUUUCCCCCCCCCUCUUCUCCCACGAAUUCCGCCAAUAUUUUCUUCUUCUUCUUUACUUCUUCUCUCCAUCCUUUGUGAUUCUUCACCAUCACAUUUCGGCCCAUUACUUCCGCAAUCCUUCUCCACCCUUCCCUCCCGAUUAUAUCUACCCCAAACGUCCAAAUUUCAAAGUGUCGGGUCCCCUUGCAGCCUUGUACAACACGCAGGGCACACUUCCUUCUUCCGCCCCAAAAAGUGAGCAGGCCCUAUGGGAGAUGAUCAUUUACAUUCGAUCCUUGAAGCACAUUGAAUCUUCAGUGGGGAUAUCGAGAACACUCUUCUAA